GCUGUAACUGGAGAGCGGGAAGUGAGCUCAGGCGCAGAGGAAAUCCCGCCCGCGCCCGGCCUGUGUGUUGUGCUCUCCGUCUUCGGCUCCGUGUUGGCGAGGGCGAGCUUGGGAAGGGGCUCCUUGGCGCUUCACCGGGGCGGCGGCGGCGGAGGGGGCCAGCUGAGCCUGUGAGGGGGAGACAUGUCGGACCAGGAAGCCAAACCUUCAGCAGAGGACUUGGGAGAUAAGAAAGAAGGAGAAUACAUCAAACUCAAGGUCAUUGGGCAGGACAGCAGCGAAAUCCAUUUCAAGGUGAAAAUGACAACGCAUCUAAAAAAACUUAAAGAAUCAUACUGUCAGAGACAGGGAGUUCCAAUGAAUUCACUCAGGUUCCUCUUUGAGGGUCAGAGAAUUACUGAUAAUCAUACUCCAAAGGAGCUCGGGAUGGAAGAGGAAGAUGUGAUUGAAGUUUAUCAGGAACAGACAGGAGGCCAUUCAACAAUUUAGAUCGUUUGCUCCCCCUUUCCCUUUUAUCCUUUUUUAUUUUUAAAUAAUAGUUCUUUUGUAAUGUGGUAUAUAACACUGAAUCGAAACCGGCGCCCCACUCCCAUAUCUGGAGUAUUAUUUCCAAAUGUCUGUUCUGAAUUCUUGUGCUCAUUAUACACUAUCUUUUGUUUUCAUUGUGCCCUUGUGAUCCCACUGCAGUUGUAUUUCCCUAUUCUUCCUGUUUCCUCUUUAGAAAUACACCCCACCCACACAUGUGCUGACAAGGCUCAUGUAUUCAAGCACGUUAACAGGUCUGCCAGGUGGGCAAAGUUUCCCUGUAACUUCCAUAUUCACCUCCGUGUUAUAAUGUGUGACUUUUACUUGUGGAUUUUAAAAUACAAAGGAGAUGGAGCUUUUCUGAAAUCUAAACAGCAGAAGAAUUGUGUCCUCAAAUUAAGAACGGUCUUCUGUAGCUUUUGCUGAUGGCCCAGGACAGAAAUUUCCAGAACUUGAUGGCAAAUAGUUAUCUUUUUCAGGUAAUAUAUUUGAAAUGGCUUCACUGGAGGUAGUGGGAAAUUCUGAUUUUUCAGCAACCCUAGGAAAGUUCCUGUUUUUAAUACUUAAUACACACCUUCAUGUACCAAGAGUUGGUAAUGAUUUUUACAUUGUUGUACCUUUUGGCCGAGGAUGUGGUUUUUGAAUGGACAUAGACUGUACUGACUUCCCUUUAAAUAAAUUAGGUGAAAGUAAUGUUUUAAACCUCUGCAUUUUCUUUUGAUAUAUUUGAAACUGGGAGACUAUUGGGCAAAAGCAGUGAAGAAUAUUUUUUUAAAAAGCAUUGAUUUCACACAUCGAUACAUACUUGAGAAUAUUAUGUUAAAAUUGGCUUUUAAAAAGUUUGAUACAUCUUGCACCCUCUUUGUUGCUUGCUAUCAAAUUUUAAGUAGCAGUCAGAGUUUAUUUUCAAGCAAUUAACAGUUGUAUGUUGUACAUGCAAUGUGUGCCUCCUGAAUUCUGAAUAUGCAUGAUAGCAUAAUGAUGAAAAAUAAAGUUUGUAAAAAUUGGGUACAAAAACACCCAAAGAAUUUGUUAACCUCUUGUGAAUAACACUUAAGCACACUUUCUUUAGGUGUAAAAGCUGUCACAGCACACUAGGGUCUCAAAUUCAGUGGAAGUUAGUCAUAGAAAAAGUUCAUUAAUGGGACUCAGGUUAGUCUUAACUAACUUUUCCCGUUGAUUUAGAUGCAACUUCUGCAUAACUAAGUUUCUCUCUAUUGGGGCCCAAGUGCCUAGUGUUGCUUUGGAAGUCCUAGGUAAUCUUGGGGCUCAGUUCAUCAGAUGCUAUGUUCCAUGAAAACAAAAACAAGUUGUAUGCAUGAGCUGUGCUUGAUGCUUACUGGAAGUUAGUGUGACUAGGGCCAGAGACACUUGAAAAAGCACAGACCUAAGAUCAAGUUCUUCAUCCUUCGAAGUCUAAAGGGUUUUGCCAUUCGACUUUGGGAGAAUCAAGAUUGGAGACCUUGCACCAAACCCUGUUUCUAUGUAUGUAGAAGAAAGCCUAAUUGAUUUCCAGAGAGCUCAUGUGUAUGUAAGUGUUCAUAGGUUGUAGGUACUUCUGAAAAUAUUUACCAAUCUGAUGCUGUUCCAAAGUUAAUAGCAAAUGGUUAGAGCAACUUUCUGAAAUAAAGGCUAUUCAUUGGUUUUUGUGGAGUUUGUUUUGUGAAGUAGUAUUCUGAAAUGAGGGCUGUUCCCUUUUAAAAGAAAACCUUGUUUCCUAAUUGGUUAUCUUAACUCAACACUUACAACCUUCGUACCUAUUUCCCCCCCGUAAAUUGCAGAACUGUGUCAUAGAAACCUGUCAUGCUAGAAGGAGUCUUUAGCUCAGGUUUACAGUAUGAUGAUGGCAGGAUUAGAAACACAUUGCUCUACCUCUGCUUUUUUUUUUCCUUGCAAGGGGAGUGGGAAAAGAACAGAAAUUGAGACUGCAAUGUUCUUACGCAUGUUUUAACAAACCAUUUAAUUGUGAGUUUAACUUUUUUUUUGAAGCUGGCACUUAUUGUAAAGUGUUAAAUGGAUCUUCUCCAAUGCUUGUAGUUUCCAUGUCCCACUUCUGAUGCCUUUUUGUACACAUGCUAAACUUUUUUUAAAAAUUAAAAUUUGUUUUCAAAAAUCA